CCACUCUGCUCCUCCCCUCUUCUUCCAUCUCGGCAUCUCUCUCCCACGCUCCAGAGCUCAGCCUUCAGCUCCCCGGACCCUCCCUAAUAAUUCUCCCUAGCUGAGGUGGGCGUGCAGAGCCUCUGACCCUCUCUCUCUCGCCCACUCUCUUUCUCCGUCUCUCUCCCUCUCCUCGACGCAGCUACAAGGGGACCAUGGAUGGACUGCGUUUACCUCCACUCAUCGAGGAGGCUGUGGACUCUACAGAUGACCCCUGCGAUCUGAAAGCAGAGAUCAGCCCCACUAUGGACAACGAGAUAACAGCCAAGGAGAGAGGCAUCCUGGAGGAGAACAACGAGAAGGAGGAGAUGGACCAAGAAAGGGCUCGGGACGAGGAGGGAGAGGAGAAGAAGCAGAGGGAGGAGGAGGAGGAGGGCGAGGACAAGAGCAGGAAGGAGCAGGAGCCGUUGACGGAGGAAGAGGAGCUGGAGGAGCUGAGGGCCCAGGUGCUGCAGCUGCUGCUGGAGCUGGACGACGCCAGGGAGACGUCCAACAAACACCAGGAGAGUUUCAACGAGCUGCAAGGUCUGUUGGAGGAUGAGCGUCUGGCCAGUGCCCAUCAGGCUGAAGCCUUCACUCGCCAGAUCCAGAAUCUACAAGCCCAGUUGCGUUCAGUACAGGAGGAGAUGGACAGCCUGGAGGAGGAGAAGGAGAGCGAGCUGGCCGAGGCCCAGGAGGAGCUGCGCGUGGCUCAGGAGGAGGUGCUCCUCCUCCAACAGGCUGCAGAGGAGGCUGCAGCAGAAAGGGAGAACGACAUCGCCUCUCUUCAGGAGGAGCUGUGUCGUCGGCGGGCUGAGCUUCAGCGCCUCAGUGAGGAGACGCAGGAGUACGAGCUGGAGAUCACCACGCUGAGGGCCGAGAUCAGCAUGAAGAGCCAGCGCAGGGAGGCCGAGAGGAGAGAGGGUGACGUGGACCUGCUGAAGGAGGAGUGCAGAAUGCUGAAGGAGGAGUGUCAGACCCUGAAGGAGGACAACAGACGUCUCAGUGAGAGGCUGCAGCUGCUGCAGAGACAGAGGACAUGUUCCAGCGUCUACCUCUCACUGAAGGAGGAAGACGCAGGGGAGGACACAGAGGGGAAGGAGAUGGAAACCGGCUCUGACGAGGUCAUGACAGAGAGCUACAUGACCAUGGCGCAGUCUGAAAACUGUCGCCUGGUCGAUGCCUCAAUCCAGAAGAAUAUUUCAUUUGAUGGGAAGCCGGUGACACCAACCGGCUGGAAUGGAGGCGUUGGGGAGAUCUUCUCCCUGAGGGACCAGCUGAGACAGGCUGAGGAAAAGGCCUUACAGGUUCAGAAAGAGUGUGACGGUCUGAAGACGGAGCUGCAGGAGCUGCAGGUACUGUAUGACAGCAGCCAGAGGGAGAGAGCGGAGCUGGAGGAGGAGCUGCAGCGCUGCAAGGCAGAGCUGGAGAAACUGUCAGGGGGGGCUCAGAGAUUCAUCCAUCCGUCUGAGCACCCUAUUCUCUCCAUCCCCUUCAUAGGAAUGAUUAUAAUAGUGGCUGUGGUCUGGUGCUGGUUGUCGGAGCUGGCGUCCCAGAGAGUAAGGGGAGUGAGGUAGGUUGGAACUCCAUUUUAACUAUCACUGCGGCCGCAGCAGUGUUACUAAUGAUGACUAGCUUGUUGAGAGCUCUCGUCUGAUGUUGACUGGAUGGGCAACAACCACACAGGGACAGACGUCUGCUUCAGACCAGCCCUCCUCGUUCUCUCCUGCCAUGUCUUAUAGACCAAACUGGAAUCCUCUAAGGCCUGAUAGAGCAGACGGUUUUGUAGUAGAACGUGUUUGAGAAAUUUCAUCUGUAAUGAGACGGUACUACGUGCGCAGGCUGAUGGAGAAAGAUGCUCUGGGUCUCAUUAAAUUGAUGUUGGAUGAGAAGAUCGCUAUGAGGAUGACCUGCAGAGAGCCCACAUGGGGACUGUUCUCAUGCCACUUAAUGUAUGCCAGUGCUCUGUCUUUUCUCUGUGAAUAUCUUUUCUUUAUCUCUGUUCGCUAAAUAAUGUGAUAAAAUGAAGGUGUGGAUUUUUAAUGUGCACCAAAUGGUUUUUCAAUUUUAAGUUAUUUAUUUAUUUGUCUGUUUGAACAUUCUUGACAGCUGUCUCCGAUGAUAAUGACGAACCCGAAAACCCUGAAAUGUACACAUGCCCUUAAAUAAUAACAGAGCAGUUUGCAUUUCCUCUUGAUGAGUUCAUGACAAUAACUUAUUUAAAAAAUUAGAUGAAAUAAAUGUAGAAUUCUGCAAAAAAUAUAUUAGAAAUCACAAAAUCUUAAUGAAUCAACCAAUCUUCCAUAUCUACUAUCCUGCCACUGUAUUUCUGCCCUUCCCAAAGUCAGUUCUGUCCAUUGUAAACACCAACAAUCUGCUAUUACAGGUGUAGCUUACUAAGCACUUGUCAGUAUAAUUACAUGAAGAAAGCUGAUAGUUUAGUUCGACAUCACCCCCGGUGGGUGGGGACAGCCUGUCUUCUAAGUGUUCCUCAGUUAUGCGCUUUGCUCCGAGCCCUGUCUGUCUGCCUGCUACAGCUUUAUCUUGUGUGACUCUGAAAUCAGACGACUCCCACGUCUCCCUUUAAUCAUCAGUUAACCAAGAAGCCAAAAAGUCAGCGGAGUGUUUCUGAUUCAUACUUUCCCGCUCUCCGAAUAUAUGAACACUUAACUCCCAUAGCUGCACUGUUACAUUUAAAACGUGCUUCGCUCCAGUUCUGUUCAGCACUUAUUAAAUGUCUCUCAGCAACUUCUGGAGCAAAUUCUGGAAUAUUAUAUAAUAAUAUAAUAAUUCUGGAACGUUAUGAUGUUGUCUUACAUUUCAAUUCGAUGUCAAUUGUGACGUGGAGAAAUUAAGCGUUGUAUUCUCUGAAGCAGUUUGAAUGACUUGGUUUUUCCAAGUGUCUUGACUCAAAGAUUUAUGGGAAAUCGGUAUUGUUAAAAGUACAGUGUGAUAAUGUUGACUGUCAACAUUCCCUUGUUUUAUGUGACUAACUGCAGAUCUGAUCAACACCGGUCACCAUCUGGUCAAACCCCAGAGAUGCAGGUAUAGGGACCAUCACACUCAGUUGUUUGUGAGGGCAAAAUUUUUGGAAAGAUUUAAUUUGUCAAAGUAUAAAUUUACAAAAUAUAUAUGUGGAAGGACUCUGAUUAUUGUUUACAUUUGUGAAACUUUUUUGUGAAUCUCUGUUGGAACUGAAAAAAAGCAUGCUACGAAACAUAUAGAAGCACAAUAUACUCUGUGUUGGGUUAUGCUGUUUAUGUUACUUUGUAUUUCCUGUAAAUAGAUGUGACAUAUAGUACUAUUGGAGAGAUUUUUUCUUAUAUCCAUUUGUACUAGCUUUGUAGAAAGUGAAUUCUAUUUUGGAAGAGCAUCAUAUAUUUGAUAGCCAAAUGAUAUAAUGCUAUGUAAAAGUUUAUUUAUGGUGAGGUUAUUCAGAAGGCCUACUAGCAUUGCUAAUCAUUUUCAGUAGCUCUAAGUUCGAAGGUGGCGUAGUCAUUGCAUGCGUUUAGAUUGCAUUUGACCUUAGUUGCCAGAAAGAACAAAUGACUUCUGGUUUUCUGUCCAUUAAAUUUCAUAAAUUAACUGAAAUCAUUUCUGAGAUGUUUGUCAUUAAACAGAAGCGUGAUAAGCAAUGGCUGACCAAUGAUAUUUCUGCAUGUGAACAUACACUAGGAAAAUAAUUUGCGAAUGGACUGCAAAUGUUGUCACUGUCUAUUUUAAAUGAUAAAAUCGCAAUAGAAGUUAAAUUCCCGUAGACUGCAAUAGUACCUGUGAAUGUUGUUGGAUUCAGGACGUUAUUUAUCAUUAUUUCUGAGGUUAUUUCAUGACUAUUAAGAUUAUCAUAGUUUCAUAAGACUCUAUGUUGCACAGUGUUGCUCAGCUUGCUGCUUUACAUCUUGAUAGCAGUGUUGUUUCUGAUAUAUUUGUGGCUAUUUUGUUACCUGGAGGUCUAUUUUGUACUGUAAAUGACUUAAGAAAAUAAAUAUACUC